UUAGACAAAGGGCAAAAAGGUUGAGAUUUUUGGAUCUGAAGAUGGAAGUGGGAAGGCAGGUUUUCUCCGUUGAUCUGCUGGAGAGAUAUGCAGCAAAGGGUCGUGGAGUUAUUACGUGCAUGGCUGCCGGAAACGAUGUUAUCUUAUUAGGAACCAGUAAAGGGUGGAUCAUUAGGCAUGAUUUUGGAGUUGGAGAUUCUUAUGAUAUUGAUCUCUCUGUGGGUCGACCCGGUGAGCAAUCCAUACACAGAGUUUUUGUUGACCCUGGGGGAAGCCACUGUAUUGCUACCGUCGUUGGUACUGGAGGUGCAGAUACAUUUUAUACACAUGCUAAGUGGACUAAGCCCCGCGUUUUAAGCAAACUGAAAGGUCUUGUUGUGAAUACUGUUGCCUGGAAUAGACAGCAUAUAACAGAAGCUUUUACUAGGGAAGUUAUUCUUGGCACAGAAAAUGGCCAACUCCAUGAAAUUGUUGUCGAGGAGAAGGAUAAGAAAGAGAAGCACAUUAAUCUUCUGUAUGAACUAAAGGAACUUCCAGAAGCAUUCACCAGUUUGCAGAUGGAGACAGCUAGCACAGGCAAUAGAACUAGAUACUAUGUGAUGGCUGUCACUCCUACGCGACUUUAUUCUUUCACCGGCAUUGGAUCGCUGGAUACUAUUUUUGCUAGUUAUGUGGAUAGCCCAGUGCGAUUUAUGGAACUACCGGGCGAAAUACCGAACAGUGAAUUGCAUUUCUUCAUCAAGCAAAGACGAGCAGUACAUUUUGCAUGGCUUUCUGGAGCAGGUAUCUAUCACGGUGGCCUAUAUUUUGGAGCACUACAUAGUUCAACUGAGGGUGAUGUUAAUUUUGUGGAGAACAAGGGUCUUUUGGACUAUUCGAAAUUAGCUGAAGGUGCUGAAGCUGUUAAACCCAAUUCUCUGGCUGUAUCUGAAUUUCAUUUUCUGCUUCUUCUUGGGAACAAGGUUAAGGUUGUCAAUAGAAUCAGUGAGCAGAUCAUUGAGGAACUUCAGUUUGAUCAAACACCGGAAUCAAUGUCAAGGGGUAUUCUUGGAUUAUGCAGUGAUGCCUCUGCUGGAUUAUUCUAUGCGUAUGACCAGUACUCCAUCUUUCAGGUGUCUGUAAACGACGAAGGCCGGGAUAUGUGGAAGGUAUAUUUGGACUUGAAAGAUUAUGCUGCGGCUUUGGCAAAUUGUCGAGAUCCAUUACAGAGAGAUCAAGUAUAUCUAGCACAGGCUGAAGCUGCAUUUUCCGCCAAGGAUUUCCUCAGAGCAGCAUCUUUCUACGCAAAGAUUAAUCACAUAUUAUCAUUCGAGGAGGUCACUUUGAAGUUUAUUAGCGUAAACGAACCGGAUGCUUUGAGGACUUUCUUAUUGCGGAAGCUCGAUAACCUGGCAAAAGAUGAUAAAUGCCAAAUUACUAUGAUUUCCACUUGGGCAACUGAAUUAUAUCUUGACAAGAUCAAUCGACUUCUCCUCGAAGAUGACACUGCUUUAGAGAAUCGUAGUUCGGAGUACCACUCAAUCAUUAUGGAGUUCCGUGCUUUCCUCGGUGACUGCAAGGACGUGUUAGAUGAGGCGACCACAAUGAAACUCUUAGAAAGUUAUGGACGAGUAGAUGAGUUGGUAUAUUUUGCCAGUCUGAAGCAGCAGUAUGAGAUUGUGGUUCAUCAUUAUAUCCAGCAAGGAGAAGCGAAGAAAGCAUUGGAAGUUCUUCGAAAGCCUGAUGUGCCCUUAGAUCUUCAGUACAAGUUUGCCCCAGACCUCAUCAUGCUUGAUGCAUAUGAAACUGUUGAGUCAUGGAUGACAACUAAAAACCUGAACCCAAGGAAGUUAAUUCCUGCAAUGAUGCGUUAUUCAAGCGAGCCUCAUGCGAGGAAUGAAACCCAUGAAGUAAUAAAAUAUCUAGAGUUUUGCGUUCAUCGUUUGCAAAAUGAGGAUCCCGGAGUUCACAACUUGUUGCUCUCUCUCUAUGCGAAGCAGGAGGAUGAUAGUGCUCUUCUUCGUUUCCUACAAUGCAAGUUUGGCAAAGGACGACCUAAUGGCCCUGAAUUCUUCUAUGAUCCCAAAUACACACUCCGUCUUUGUCUCAAGGAAAAGAGGAUGCGGGCUUGCGUUCAUAUAUACAGCAUGAUGUCUAUGCAUGAAGAAGCAGUUGCUCUUGCCCUGCAGGUUGAUCCAGAACUUGCGAAGGCUGAAGCUGACAAGGUUGAAGAUGACGAAGACUUAAGGAAGAAGCUCUGGCUUAUGGUUGCCAAGCAUGUUGUUGAGCAAGAAAAGGGAACUAAAAGGGAAAACAUUCGGAAGGCCAUAGCAUUUCUCAAGGAGACUGACGGGCUGCUAAAGAUUGAGGAUAUUUUGCCGUUCUUUCCAGACUUUGCCCUGAUUGAUGACUUCAAGGAAGCAAUUUGCUCAUCUUUGGAGGAUUACAACAAGCAAAUUGAACAAUUGAAAGAGGAGAUGAAUGAUGCAACACAUGGUGCAGAUAACAUUAGAAAUGAUAUUAGUGCACUUGCUCAAAGAUAUGCGGUCAUUGAUCCUGAUGAGGACUGUGGGGUUUGCCAAAAGAAGAUCCUAACUGCGGGUUGGGACCAUCGGAUGGCUAGGGGCUAUACAUCAGUAGGUGUAAUGGCACCUUUCUAUGUGUUUCCCUGUGGACAUGCCUUUCAUGCACAAUGCUUGAUUGCACAUGUCACAAGGUGUACCCACCGAGCUCAGGCGGAAUAUAUACUGGAUCUGCAGAAACAACUUACUUUAACGGGAGGUGAAUCCAGUAAGGAGUCAAAUGGUGCCUUGACCGAGGAGGAUUCUAUAACUAGCAUGACCCCAACGGAUAAGAUACGAUCGCAGUUGGACGAUGCCAUAGCUAGCGAAUGUCCAUUUUGCGGUGACUUGAUGAUUCGAGAGAUCUCCUUGCCUUUUAUCCUCCCGGAGGAAGAACACGAGGCUGCCUCUUGGGAGAUAAAGCCGCACACCUUCGGAACCCAGAAGAGCCUUUCUUUAGUUCUAUGAUGAUUGAAGUUUCAUGUGUAAGCAGAUAUCUGUUCACACUUCACCCCCACAGGCAAUGUUUCUUUCGAACGACCCUUUUCAUUGUUGUUUAGAAUUUUUCCCUUUGUCCUUAAUUAUUCGUGAUGAUAUAGUUCCCGAAGUGAUGAGUGACUGAACUCGUGUUCUAUAAUAGGUUUUGUGUAAUUUGAGAGGCAAUUUCUUAAUAGAGAGCUUGCAAAUUGUUAUUCGGAGAGAGAACAAAAUCU